AUGGCCAGCUCAUCUCUGCCCACCCUGGUGCCCAUCGGCCCCGACUGCCUGCGCCCCUUCACCCGGGAGUCCCUGGCAGCCAUAGAACGGCGGGCAGCGGAGGAGGAGGCCCGGCUGCAGCGGAACAAGCAGAUGGAGAUUGAGGAGCCCGAACAGAAGCCACGCAGUGACCUGGAGGCCGGCAAGAACCUGCCCCUCAUCUAUGGGGACCCCCCGCCGGAGGUCAUCGGCAUCCCCUUGGAGGACCUGGAUCCCUACUACAGUGACAAGAAGACCUUCAUCGUGCUCAACAAGGGCAAGUCCAUCUUCCGCUUCUCCGCCACGCCUGCCCUCUACAUGCUGAGCCCCUUUAGCAUCGUCAGGCGUGGCGCCAUCAAGGUGCUAAUCCACUCGCUCUUCAGCAUGUUCAUCAUGAUCACCAUCCUGACCAACUGUGUGUUCAUGACCAUGAGUGACCCGCCUUCCUGGUCCAAGGACGUGGAGUACACCUUCACAGGGAUCUACACCUUUGAGUCCCUCAUCAAGAUGCUGGCCAGGGGUUUCUGCAUCGAUGACUUCACAUUCCUCCGUGACCCCUGGAACUGGCUGGACUUCAGUGUCAUCACGAUGGCGUACGUGACAGAGUUUGUGGACUUGGGCAACAUCUCAGCUCUAAGGACCUUCCGGGUGCUGCGGGCCCUGAAAACCAUCACCGUCAUCCCAGGGCUGAAGACGAUUGUGGGGGCCCUGAUCCAGUCCGUGAAAAAGCUGUCGGACGUAAUGAUCCUCACCGUCUUCUGUCUGAGCGUCUUUGCCCUGGUCGGGCUGCAGCUCUUCAUGGGCAACCUGCGGCAGAAGUGCGUGCGCUGGCCCCCGCCCUUCAACGACACCAACACCACGUGGUACGGCAACGACACCUGGUACGCCAAUGACACCUGGUACGCCAACGACACAUGGAAUACCAAUGACAGGUGGUAUGCCAACGACACGUGGAACUUCAACGACAGCUGGGCCAGCAACUACACCUUUGACUGGGAUGCCUACAUCAAUGACGAAGCAAACUACUAUUUCCUGGAGGGUGCCAAUGAUGCCCUGCUCUGUGGGAACAGCAGUGAUGCUGGGCACUGCCCUGAGGGUUACGAGUGCAUCAAGGCUGGGCGGAACCCCAACUACGGCUACACCAGCUAUGACACUUUCAGCUGGGCCUUCCUGGCUCUCUUCCGCCUCAUGACACAGGACUACUGGGAAAACCUCUUCCAGCUGACCCUUCGAGCGGCCGGCAAGACCUACAUGAUCUUCUUUGUGGUCAUCAUCUUCCUGGGCUCUUUCUACCUCAUCAAUCUGAUCCUGGCCGUGGUGGCCAUGGCGUAUGCCGAGCAGAACGAGGCCACCCUGGCUGAGGAUCAGGAGAAAGAGGAGGAGUUUCAGCAGAUGCUCGAGAAAUUAAAAAAGCACCAGGAGGAGUUAGAAAAGGCCAAGGCCACCCAGGCUCUGGAAGGUGUGGAGGCAGACGGGGACCCGGCUCACAGUCAGGCCUGCAAUGGCAGCCUGGACACAUCGCCAGGAGAGAAGGGGCCCCCGAGGCCGAGCUGCAGCGCAGACAGUGGUAUCUCUGAUGCUAUGGAGGAGCUGGAGGAGGCCCACCAGAAGUGCCCACCAUGGUGGUACAAGUGCGCACACAAAGUGCUCAUAUGGAACUGCUGCACCCCGUGGGUGAAGUUCAAGCAUAUCAUCUACCUGAUCGUCAUGGACCCCUUCGUGGACCUGGGCAUCACCAUCUGCAUCGUGCUCAACACCCUCUUCAUGGCCAUGGAGCACUACCCCAUGACGGAGCACUUCGACAACGUGCUUUCUGUGGGAAACCUGGUCUUCACAGGCAUCUUCACGGCUGAGAUGGUACUGAAGCUGAUCGCCAUGGACCCCUACGAGUAUUUCCAGCAGGGCUGGAACAUCUUCGACAGUUUCAUCGUCACCCUCAGCCUGGUGGAGCUGGGCCUGGCCAACGUGCAGGGGCUGUCUGUGCUCCGCUCCUUCCGACUGCUGCGGGUUUUCAAGCUGGCCAAGUCGUGGCCGACGCUCAACAUGCUCAUCAAAAUCAUCGGCAAUUCCGUGGGGGCGCUGGGCAACCUGACGCUGGUGCUGGCCAUCAUCGUGUUCAUCUUCGCCGUGGUGGGCAUGCAGCUAUUUGGCAAGAGUUACAAGGAGUGCGUGUGCAAGAUCGCUGCCGACUGCAGCCUGCCCCGCUGGCACAUGCACGAUUUCUUCCACUCCUUCCUCAUCGUCUUCCGCAUCCUGUGUGGGGAGUGGAUCGAGACCAUGUGGGAUUGCAUGGAGGUGGCUGGCCAGGCCAUGUGCCUCACCGUCUUCCUCAUGGUCAUGGUCAUCGGCAACCUGGUGGUUCUGAACCUGUUCCUGGCCCUCCUGCUGAGCUCCUUCAGUGCCGACAGCCUGGCGGCCUCAGACGAAGACGGCGAGAUGAACAACCUGCAGAUCGCCAUCGCGCGGAUCAAGUGGGGCAUCAGCUUCGCCAAGACCUUCCUCCUGGGGCUGCUGCACGGCAAGAUCCUGAGCCCCAAGGAGAUCAUUCUCAGCAUCGGGGAGCUUGGAGGCGCUGAGGAGGCUGGCGAGGCCGGGGAAGGUGCCCCCAAGGAUGAGAAGAAGGAGCCACCACCCGAGGAGGGGGACAAGGACCUGAAGAAGGACAAUCACAUCCUGAACCACAUGGGCCUGGUGGACGGCCCUCCCUCCAGCAUCGAGCUGGACCACCUCAACUUCAUCAACAACCCCUACUUGACCAUCCAGGUGCCCAUCGCCUCCGAGGAGUCUGACCUGGAGAUGCCCACUGAGGAGGAGACCGACACCUUCUCAGAGCCUGAGGAUGUCAAGAAGCCGCCGCAGCCCCUCUACGAUGGGAACUCCUCCGUCUGCAGCACGGCUGACUACAAGCCCCCCGAAGAGGACCCCGAGGAGCAGGCUGAGGAGGACCCCGAGGGGGAGCAGCCUGAGGAGUGCUUCACGGAGGCCUGUGUGCAGCGCUGCCCCUGCCUCUAUGUGGACAUCUCCCAGGGCCGCGGGAAGAUGUGGUGGACCCUCCGCAGGGCUUGCUUCAAGAUUGUUGAGCACAACUGGUUCGAGACCUUCAUUGUCUUCAUGAUCCUGCUCAGCAGUGGGGCCCUGGCCUUCGAGGACAUCUACAUCGAGCAGCGGCGGGUCAUCCGCACCAUCCUGGAAUAUGCUGACAAGGUCUUCACCUACAUCUUCAUCCUGGAGAUGCUGCUCAAGUGGGUGGCCUACGGCUUCAAGGUGUACUUCACCAACGCCUGGUGCUGGCUCGACUUCCUCAUCGUGGAUGUCUCCAUCAUCAGUCUGGUGGCCAACUGGCUGGGCUACUCAGAGCUGGGUCCCAUCAAAUCCCUGCGCACGCUGCGGGCCCUGCGUCCCCUGAGGGCACUGUCCCGAUUCGAGGGCAUGAGGGUGGUGGUGAACGCCCUCCUGGGCGCCAUCCCCUCCAUCAUGAACGUGCUGCUUGUCUGCCUCAUCUUCUGGCUCAUCUUUAGCAUCAUGGGUGUCAACUUGUUUGCUGGAAAGUUCUACUACUGCAUCAACACCACCACCUCAGAGAGGUUCGACAUCUCCGAGGUCAACAACAAGUCUGAAUGCGAAAGCCUCAUGCACACGGGCCAGGUUCGCUGGCUCAAUGUCAAGGUCAACUACGACAACGUGGGUCUGGGCUACCUCUCCCUCCUGCAGGUGGCCACCUUCAAGGGUUGGAUGGACAUCAUGUAUGCAGCUGUGGACUCCCGGGAGAAGGAGGAGCAGCCUCAGUACGAGGUGAACCUCUACAUGUACCUCUACUUCGUCAUCUUCAUCAUCUUCGGGUCCUUCUUCACGCUUAACCUCUUCAUCGGCGUCAUCAUCGACAACUUCAACCAGCAGAAAAAGAAGUUUGGAGGGAAAGACAUCUUCAUGACAGAGGAACAGAAGAAGUACUAUAACGCCAUGAAGAAGCUUGGCUCCAAGAAGCCCCAGAAGCCAAUUCCCCGGCCCCAGAACAAGAUCCAGGGCAUGGUGUAUGACUUCGUGACGAAGCAGGUGUUCGACAUCACCAUCAUGGUCCUCAUCUGCCUCAACAUGGUCACCAUGAUGGUGGAGACGGACGACCAGAGCCAGCUCAAGGUGGACAUCCUGUACAACAUCAACAUGGUCUUCAUCAUCAUCUUCACGGGGGAGUGCGUGCUCAAGAUGUUCGCCCUGCGCCAGUACUACUUCACCGUCGGCUGGAACAUCUUCGACUUCGUGGUGGUCAUCCUGUCCAUUGUGGGCCUCGCACUGUCGGACCUGAUCCAGAAAUACUUCGUGUCACCCACGCUGUUCCGUGUGAUCCGUCUGGCUCGGAUCGGGCGUGUCCUGCGGCUGAUCCGCGGAGCCAAGGGCAUCCGGACGCUGCUCUUCGCCCUCAUGAUGUCGCUGCCUGCCCUCUUCAACAUCGGCCUCCUCCUCUUCCUGGUCAUGUUCAUCUACUCCAUCUUCGGCAUGUCCAACUUUGCCUACGUCAAGAAGGAAUCGGGCAUUGACGACAUGUUCAACUUCGAGACCUUCGGCAACAGCAUCAUCUGCCUCUUUGAGAUCACCACGUCGGCUGGCUGGGAUGGGCUUCUGAACCCCAUCCUCAACAGUGGACCCCCGGACUGCGACCCCACGCUUGAGAACCCAGGCACCAGUGUCAGGGGCGACUGUGGCAACCCGUCCAUCGGCAUCUGCUUCUUCUGCAGCUACAUCAUCAUCUCCUUCCUCAUCGUGGUCAACAUGUACAUCGCCAUCAUCCUGGAGAAUUUCAACGUGGCCACCGAGGAGAGCAGCGAGCCCCUCGGCGAGGAUGACUUUGAGAUGUUCUAUGAGACCUGGGAGAAGUUUGACCCCGAUGCCACGCAGUUCAUCGACUACAGCCGCCUCUCGGACUUCGUGGACACUUUGCAGGAGCCGCUGAGGAUCGCCAAGCCCAACAAGAUCAAGCUCAUCACACUGGACCUGCCCAUGGUACCGGGGGACAAGAUCCACUGCCUGGACAUCCUCUUUGCCCUGACCAAAGAGGUGCUGGGCGACUCUGGGGAAAUGGACGCUCUCAAGCAGACCAUGGAGGAGAAGUUCAUGGCGGCCAACCCCUCCAAGGUCUCCUACGAGCCCAUCACCACCACCCUCAAGAGGAAGCACGAGGAGGUGUGCGCCAUCAAGAUCCAGAGGGCCUACCGCCGGCACCUGCUGCAGCGCUCUGUGAAGCAGGCCUCCUACAUGUACCGCCACAGCCAGGACGGCAGCGGGGACCGGGCCCCUGAGAAGGAGGGGCUCAUCGCCAGCACCAUGAGCAAGAUGUACGGCCCCGAGAACGGGAACAGCGCUGCGCAGAGCCAGGGGGAGGAGAAGAGCCCCUCAGGGGAGACGGGGCCCACCACCACGGGGCCCACCACCACCGGGCUCACGUCUGUCAGCCCCUCAGACACCACCCCGCCUACUCCUGUGAGCCCCUCAGAGGCCGCCCUGCCUUCCUCCCCGCCACCAGGGCAGACAGUGAGGCCAGGGGUCAAAGAGUCUCUCGUCUAGCAGGCAGCGUGGAGGUGGCCGGCGAGUGUUGGCAUAGGCCCAGAGCUCCCCCAAGGUGCCUGCGGGCCGAGUGACGGAGCUGGGCUUUGCAUCCAGGACUGCGUCCGGCUCCCUUUGGGGGGAUAGGAUUUGGCCAUGCUGGGGUUGACACUUAGGCCAGAGCAAGUGGGAGUGCAUUCGGGGCCCAGGAUGGGUGGAAGCCCCUACCUUGGUGAGUUCAUCUUCAAGUUGCUCUUACCUCCCCACGGGCCCCGCCACCCCUCCUCUUAGUCAGGGGGAGAUCAAUCUCAGAAUCUCUGUCCCUCACUUGGGGAGGAACCAGCCUACAAUGGAGGGCUUGGCUGCCCUCUUGUCACCAGAGUCUUAAGGGCUACUGGCCUCUCCCCAUGAAGUGGCCCAGGCCCCCCAGUUCCAGCCUGGGCAAAGAUGCCUUAACCUCAGUGAGUGUGGACGUCUGCCCCGCUGACUCUGGAUGCAGUUUCCUCUGCCAGCUCAGGAAUUCCAUUGGAAGAGGGAAAUGUUACUGGUCCAGAAAUUGCUCCACAAGCCCAGUUGGCCACUGGAUCCUGCUGCAUCAGGCUGGGAUUGUGACUCCUCAAAUCCUUCCCAUGGACAGCUUCCCUGGCUGGCCCCCAGGGGAAGAGCAGAAAGAAGGAUUCCACUUAGGAAUUGCCCUUUUCUCAGAAGAAUGAAUGGGUAGAACAGGCUGGGUCCUGCCAGCCAAGUCACCGCACUCGGUCUGAGUGUCCAGGCCUGGGUGGGCCGGGGACCCUGAUGCUCAGUACGAAGACUCUGUUCCUUCCCUCUCUCCCCUCCUGACACCUUCAUUAGGCCACCAGGGUGCCUUGUGCCCCAUCAAGUCUUGGAGAUCUCUCCUUCUCAUCUUCCCCCUGCCCAUCUCUUAUGCCCUCCUCCCCCUUCCCCACCUCCUUAAAGUGACCCUAAAAGAUGUCAAUCCUGGGGCCUGCAGCAGGGAAGGCUAACCCAGCUGGGACUCAACCUUCUGACCUCCUGCUGCCUGGAAAGCCAUUUCAGCUGGCACCAAAGACUGGACAUGGCUGCACUGGGCUCUGCUGUCUUCCGGAGAACAGAGGCUGGACCUGGAGGAGGGUGUGAGAGUCCUGCUCAGGGCUGUCAGGAUUCAGUCACUCGUAUGUGGGCCUCUGUGGCUGUGUCUGCCCGAGUGGGUAGUUGUAUGUGGGUUCUGUGGGUGACUGUGUGUGUGUGACUAUGUGUGUGUGACUCUGUGUGUGUGUGUGUGUGUGUGUGCGCGCGCGCCACUGCGGGGCCUGCCAGCAGAUUCAUGUGUGUCUGGGUAUCUUUGUGUGUGUGUGUCAGUGUGCCCUGGAGUGUCAGACUGGGUGUGAGUACAGCUGGUGUGCGUGCAUGUUUGUGUCUUCCGGCCUGUUCAUGUGAGUGCCUGGACGUGGGAGAGUGAACCUGUGCCACAAGGGUGUGAACACUUGUGGUAACACUUGCACAUUGGCCUAAGUUCAUCUUCUUUUCCUUCUUGUUUCUCAUACGCCAUUUGAUUAAAACUCAGGAAGCCGCCAAACCUCCAAAACGAGUUGUGUGUAUGCACGUGUCUAUGUGUGUGCAUGCGUGUACUCACAUGCGUGCGUGUCCACGGGCCAGUCUUCUCUGUUGUCUGCCCUGCCCACCCCAGCCUGCCGCCCUCCCUCAGCUCCCCUCUUCCCGGGCCUCUCAUUGUCACACCCAGGGCCUGUGUCUCCUCUGUGCAAGGACUCAAUUCCUUCCAUCUCUUUCUGUAGUGACUCUGCCUCUUCUUUCAGAAGGUUCUUCCAGGAGGGGGUCAGCUCCCCCUGCCCAGCACCUGCCCCUCUGUCUUCCCCUCGUGGGCCCCGAGCCUCAGGACUGUCCGAUUGGAUGUUCCCCGCAGACUCUGCACCCACUGCAGGGAGAGAGGAGAUGGGUGGGGUCUGGCCUCUCCCUGCUCGUGGCCCCUCCCCUGCAGACUGGCGCCCCUUCCCACCUGGUCCAGGUGGGAACUGGCCCCAAGCCAGCCCAGCAAAUGAGCUUCUUUGUACAGUUCCUACAAUAAACCC